UAUAAAACAUUAAAGAAAGGUCGUGUGCCACAGUAUUUUGAUGCGGUUGAUAUUCUAUGAGGACAGUGUGUCUACAUCUAUACGAAUUCGCUCAGCAUUCACCUGAUUACAAAGAUAAACUAUGCCGAAUUUAACUUUAGAGCAUUCGCCCAAUGCGGCUCUAAACAAGGAAGUGCUGCAAAGGUAUCUAUCCUUGCCCAUUCCAGAUGGAAAGGUCCAGGCCACCUACAUUUGGAUCGACGGGUCCGGGGAACAACUAAGAGGAAAAACCCGAACCCUUGACUUUGUUCCAAGCAAACCAGAAGAGCUUCCGAUUUGGAACUAUGAUGGCAGCUCCACUUAUCAAGCCGAAGGCUCUAAUUCGGACACCUACCUCUAUCCCGUCGCUAUCUAUGCGGAUCCUUUCACCAGAGGUAACAACAAACUAGUUCUUUGUGACACUUACAAAUACAAUAAGAAACCAACGGAAACAAACAAAAGACACACUUGUGUGCAAGCCAUGGAGGCUGCUAAGUCAUCUUAUCCAUGGUUUGGCAUUGAGCAAGAGUACACUUUGCUGGAUAUGGAUCUCAGGCCUCUGGGUUGGCCCAAGAAUGGGUUCCCAGGUCCUCAGGGUCCCUACUAUUGUGGAGUGGGCGCUAACAAAGUGUACGCCAGAGACAUUGUUGAGGCUCACUACAGAGCUUGUCUGUAUGCUGGAAUUAAUGUUUCUGGAACCAAUGCUGAAGUUAUGCCUGCUCAAUGGGAAUAUCAAGUUGGGCCUUGCGAGGGAAUCUCCAUUGGCGACCAAUUGUGGAUGUCCAGGUACGUUCUUCAUCGCGUAGCUGAAGAUUUUGGGGUAAUUGUAACAUUCGACCCCAAACCCAUGGAGGGUGAUUGGAAUGGAGCUGGCGCUCACACGAACUUCUCCACCAAAGCUAUGAGAGAGGAUGGCGGCAUCUUGGAAAUUGAAAAAGCUAUUGACAAGCUUAGCCGAAACCAUCUCAGACACAUUCAGGCCUACGAUCCUCACGGAGGAAAAGACAACGAAAGACGUCUUACUGGAAGGCACGAAACUUCCUCGAUUCACGAUUUUAGCGCAGGUGUUGCUAAUCGUGGGGCCAGUAUUCGAAUCCCUCGCGGCUGUGCCGAAGAUAAGAAAGGAUAUCUGGAGGAUCGCAGACCGUCCUCAAACUGUGAUCCUUAUUCCGUUACGGAAGCUAUUGUUAGAACUUGCAUUUUGGAUGAAUAAAUUCGUUACUCUUAAAAACUUUACAGCCACAUUUUAUCGUUUUUUUUUACUUUGCUGCUUACUGUUAAUUGAACGCCUUACACGUCAUAUUAUUCUUUAACUCCCUGUUGGUGAACUGGAAACAUUCAAGCAAUUAAAACAGACGCAACUUAUAACUGAUUUUUUUCUUUUAGAACAUCGCGAAAAAUGUGGCUUUAAAGUGUGGUCACAAACUGACCAUUUUCCAUUUACAAUUGCAUAUACUCGUUGAAACUGAAUUUUAAAUAUUUAGACCUAUCUUCCUACUUUUUAUUACAUCUCCAACAACAUGUUGGUUGAAGGAGAAACUAAUAUCUAUGUAAAUGAUAUGACUAUGAUAUCGAUGAAGUACAAUAUGUUGAUGUGUUAACUAUUCUCUUCUUUGUAUAAAUGUAACACUAUAAACAUAUAUAUUUAGCUAAAACCAGUUUACAUUUAGGUUUUAAAAUACAUAAUGAUAUAUUUUCGCACAUUUUUCCUUUGUAACAAAGUUUAUUAGUAAGAGAUUAUAUAACUUGUAAGCAAA